UCUUCGAAGUUUCCUCUUGAGAAAGGGGUGCAUUAAGUAUUAACUAAUGUCAUAAACUUUAGUUUAGGAAAGAGCAAUGAAAAUGGCAAAUACCAAAAACAGUGCCCCUUCUUGUAAAGGUCACUGGCUUUUUGUGGGAAAUUUUUUGGGUCUUUGUUGGAUUUUUCUCUCUCAAAUCUGUACUCUGAAUAGCUGUAAGAUUUGACAAGGACCCACCAAUCCUUGACACGUGCUGCUCUGCAACUCUCUCUCUUUCUCUUGCCAUAAGAAAAUGGAAUGGAAUUUGAUUUAAGCAAUUGCAAAGAGGCAAAAAGGCCAGACCCCCCCACCCCCCAACUCUUCUCUCUCUACCCCCUAGUCCUCUUAUCCCUUCCUAAAGGCUUUGUUAACGUCCUUAAAAGUAUAGUCUUGAUUUGGGAUUUUCAGAUUCAGAAUCAGCAAGGUCUCUGGGUUGGGUUAUGGACUUCCAUCAGAACAACAGCAAGCUUGAAGAUGGCAGCUUAAAUCUAGAAGAAGGCAAAGAAAGGCAAUUGGAGAAGCAACGAUUGGCAGCUUCUUCAUCACCUCCUUCAGCAUCCUCAUCUCCCUCUCAUGAAUUUUCUUUCUCAGUUUCUCUGCAAACUUCCUCCACAGACGAAACCAAAGCUCCGCCUUCCUUCACCAUUGAUUUGUCUCCAGCGGAUGACAUCUUCUUCCAUGGCCAUUUGCUUCCUCUCCACCUCCUCUCUCAUCUGCCAGUCCCUCCCCGCUGCUCAACCAACUCCAUUGAAAGCUAUGCCCUUCCCAUUAGAGACCUGCUAAGUGAAAAGGAACCCAAGAAAGAGAGCAGCAACUUCAUCAAUUGCAAGAGCAACGAACACUAUCAAAACAGCAACAGUGAUGAUACAAGAGAAAAACCCAGGUCCAAGUCUUUCUCUAAUUUGCUUGGUUUAAGGUGGAGAAAGGGGUUUGAAGUUGAAGAGCAAGAAACCAAAGUGAAGCAGCUCAAAAGGAAGUUGGGGUUCAAUUUGAGCCAUGUACUGAAGAGAUAUGCGAGAAUGGUAAGGCCAUUUUUACACUUCAAAGGAAGAAGAGAUGAUAUGCAACUCCGCAGACAGUCUUACUCAUUUUCAGGUAACUUAAGUUCGAGAAACAAGCAAGAGUUGAGAGGAAGAAGAGGUCAGUUCUCAGCUCCAGUUUCCAUGAGAACAUCUCCAACUAAUAGUGGUAUCCUCCUUACAAAACCACUUCCUCCUUCUACUAAUAAUGACAGCACAAUGGAGGAGUUGCAGGCAGCAAUUCAAGCAGCGAUUGCUCAUUGCAAGAAUUCAAUAUUGAAAGAAGAAAGACUCAAAUGUUAAGUUAAAGAGCUUAUACAAGAGGAUAGAUGUUGUUCAUAUUCUAUUACUUCUUCAAAAACUAUUCAGCAUAUUCGCUUUUCGUAAUUAAUGUGGUAUGUACGUGUAUAUAGACAAAAAGAGAUAUCAAAUCAGUCCAGAAGGUCCUGUUUGAAAUAUAUAUAAUGAUUGUGCUCCGGCCAUUUCAAUGAUUUGUUAUCUUGUAA